UUCCCCCUCCCUUAGUUAUGUGGUGCUGAAUUAAAUAGCUUGAAUGCACAGUUUGAUAUCCUCGCCGUGGAGCAGUACAUUCCCAUUUAAUAAACAGUUCCAAACAGGAGCGGACUAACAACACAUGAGGCCCCCGGGCAAUGGGGGAUCAUGGGGCCCCUGUGUCCUUGCCCAAACUCAAAAAAAAACCUAUGAAAAAGGUACCAGGGGCAUCUCAUGGGGCCCCCUACUGACCCUGGGCCCUCGGGCAGUGCCCGAGUUUCCAAAUGGUCAGUCCGCCCCUGGUUCC